GACCGGAGCAUGGGCAUGGAGUCCGUCAACGUGUCGUCGAGUAUUUUCGCCAACGUGUCCACCGCACUGCGGCCGGAGGCGCGUCUUUCUGCCGAGACGCGCCUUCUGGGCUGGAAUGUUCCGCCGGAGGAACUUCGCCACAUCCCGGAGCACUGGCUUACAUAUCCGGAGCCACCAGAAUCGAUGAACUAUCUGCUGGGCACGCUCUACAUAUUCUUCACAAUUAUGUCGAUGAUCGGCAAUGGUCUUGUCAUCUGGGUCUUUACGGCGGCCAAGUCGCUGAGAACUCCGUCAAAUAUUUUAGUAAUCAAUCUGGCCUUUUGUGAUUUCAUGAUGAUGAUCAAGACACCGAUAUUCAUCUACAACAGCUUUCAUCAGGGCUACGCCCUGGGCCACUUGGGCUGUCAGAUAUUCGGAAUAAUUGGAUCCUACACGGGGAUCGCUGCUGGUGCCACAAAUGCCUUCAUCGCCUACGAUCGUUUCAAUGUGAUUACGCGGCCCAUGGAGGGCAAGAUGACCCACGGCAAGGCGAUCGCCAUGAUUAUAUUCAUCUACAUGUACGCCACUCCCUGGGUGGUGGCCUGCUACACGGAAACCUGGGGCCGAUUUGUCCCGGAAGGCUACCUGACCUCUUGCACCUUUGACUAUCUGACCGAUAACUUCGAUACGCGCCUCUUUGUCGGCUGCAUAUUUUUCUUCAGCUUCGUGUGUCCCACCACGAUGAUCACCUACUACUACUCCCAGAUUGUCGGCCAUGUUUUCAGCCAUGAAAAGGCCCUGAGGGACCAGGCCAAGAAGAUGAACGUGGAAUCGCUGCGCUCGAAUGUCGACAAGAACAAGGAGACGGCCGAGAUCCGAAUCGCCAAGGCGGCCAUAACCAUUUGCUUCCUGUUCUUCUGCUCCUGGACCCCGUACGGUGUUAUGUCCCUGAUCGGAGCCUUUGGGGACAAGAGCCUGCUGACACCGGGUGCCACGAUGAUCCCGGCCUGUGCCUGCAAAAUGGUGGCCUGCAUCGAUCCAUUCGUGUAUGCCAUAAGCCAUCCCAGAUACCGCAUGGAGCUGCAGAAGCGCUGUCCCUGGCUGGCCAUCAACGAGAAGGCACCAGAAUCCUCGGCAGUCGCCUCUACCAGCACCACCCAGGAGCAGCAGCAGACCACCGCCGCCUAAAGGACAUUCUCUUUAAAACCAAAACGAUGACGAACUAAACCGCCAACGAUCUUGUAAUAUAAAGUGCCACGGGAAAAAAAGUGUAUAAAAACAAUCGGUGCAAAAGCCACUGACACUCUAACUAAUGUGACUAUUAUUGUAUUAUUUGAAGUAGUUGUUU